AAGUGAAAACUUUGACUGUUUUAAGAGACCUUGUCGUGUGCUGUGCAAGGUAAAGGAUGCAUGAUUAAUGACCCAUUUAGUGCAUUUAUAUAUGCUUAUUUGUUUAUAUUGGAUAAUAGAAGAGAGAGCCUGAAAUAUCAGAUCAAACACUUAGCAAGUCACUUUCUUGCUCCAAAAAAUGAAAACAUUUCUUGUUCUGCUCGCCUUCCUCUGUAUCACUCCAUUAUCCCUGACGUCUCCAAUUGCUUGGAUUACCUCACCAGAAUCUCAAGAAUACUUUGAGAUCACCCCUCCGCUACCAUCAGAUCAUCUGGAACCAUUAUGCGUCCUCCCAGUCAUCAACCACAGUUUCACUACUUCCAGCAUCUCCCUCUUAUCUGUCCCUUACUCUCCCCCCCUCCAAGUGCUCCUCUCCAUGGACCUAUGUUGUUCUUGAUCUCCGUGCUGAAUGCAGCAAUGACACGUCCUAUUGCAUAUCUGGCUUGUGGCUGGGUGGCAUAGAGCUGCUUCGCACUAGCACACCCAAGCUGACUACCAGCAAAUUAAGAGACAUAUGGAAAGUCAGAAAGGACAUUACUAGGUAUGCUUCUCUUUAUGAGCAGACAAACCUUAACCUCACAAUGAAGUUUCACACCAUUGUUAACAGUGUCUCCAACGGUGUUUGCAAUGUUUAUGCAACUCUCUUGUUCCACAAAAAUAGCUUCAUUACUGUUCCAUUAGACAGUAAAGGCCUGAAACUUCCAGUGUCAUCUGAUCAACAAGAAACUAGUGAUAUGGCUAGUGUGAUAGAACGUGCAUUGGAUUUCUAUGAUACACCUUCUGAUUUAAUUAUCCCAAUAUCUAAUGAUGGAGAUAAUGGGUUUUGGUUCAGGAUGAAAAAUGAAUUAGAUUUGCUUUCAAAGCAAAUCCAUCCACAAAAUACCCGUCGGGCUGUUCUGGAACUUUAUGUUUCAUUUCAUGGACAUGAUGAGUAUUGACACUCGAACCCACCAAGUUCCUACAUGAGAUUGAAUAAUGUGCAAGGUAAUGAUGCCUAUAGAGAGGUAUUAGUGCCGAUAGACAGGUCCUCUUUGGGCUCAGAGCCACCAUUUCCAGUUGUGUUUGCUAGUGAAAUUAAUCCUUUAUUUUGGAAACCGAUUGUUGCUAUUGGUGCUUUCAAUCUCCAUUCCUAUGAUUUCGAGGUGACGCCAUUCCUGGAAAAGGUUCUGGAUGGCAAGGUUCAUGAGUUUGGUGUUGGAGUAGGCAAUGCUGUUCCUCAUUGGCUAGUUGAUGCAAACUUCCACCUGUGGUUAGACAAAGGCUCAUCCCGUGUCACAUCAGGAACUCUGGUUGCUCAUAAUCCUUCUCUUUCUUUAGAGAGACAUGAAGAGUUUAAGCAGCUUGACGGGUCAUUUGAGAUAAAGGGGAAGGGAAGAAAUGAAUCCAAAGGAUGGGUUAUCUCAAGUGCAGGGAACCUAACCACUCUUAUUCUGCAGCAGUUCAAGUUCAAAAGCUUUAUAAGAUUUGAAAAGAAUGGAACUUGCAGAUUUGUUAAACUAAAGAUCAAGGUAUACAAGGAAGUACAGGUGUUAAACAACAGAGGAGAGUUGCUCAACCGCAUUAUUGUUAGAAGGAAAUGCCCUCUGAGUAUGAUCACUUCAACUCUAUCAGGAAGAAUCGUCGCGAAUGUUUCUCAUGCUUUUGAGGAGAGAUGUUCUAAUGGUAAUUACUUGUCAAGUUAUAUAUACAAUAACCAGAUAUCCAAUGGAUGGAUGCCUAUUGUGGAGCAACACUAACAGGCUAGUGAUCUUGCUGAGGAUGCAGCGACUGCUCGGAGGUUGAGUUAUAAACACGGGUCCAUCUGCUGCUCCAGGACUGAUGAUGUUGCAAAUGGGGUGGUCUCUGCAGAUGAUUUAAGCUAUGGCUGCAUCUCAAGUUUCUAAAUUAUCUUCUUUGCUAAUCAGCCUUCCCA